UUGUGGGAGUGUUCUGUCUGAUAGCAGCUGACUUCAUUUAGCAGCACCACUGAAACGGCUUCUUCGAUCACUGGAGAGGUGCCUGCGGAUCAGUUUUAUCGGUUUUCUUCUUGACCGUUUGACUACGCGGUUGUUGUUCUCUCAAACCUACCGCGACAAAAAUCACUGCACGGUCUCCGUCAGGCCGCCCAGUCGCACAGGUGAAAAUAGCCUACCUCUUUCAGCAGUGGUCUGACAGGCUGCGCCGGGAUAAUUCUAUCGACACGACCAGUCGUCUGAAAUCGGUUUGUCUGACUGACUGACUGACUGACUGGCUUUUUGGACCAGACGACAACACUUCCUACCCCCUUUGGAUAUCUGUCCCUUGGCCCGAACCCUCAGGCCAGUGUCCCCUGCCCCCCCACCCCUACCCAUCCUGGGAGAAGCAUCCAGCAACACAUCACCGUUUCCAGGUCCGGCUUGGGCUUCGGCCAUCACCAGGUCUACCGUGACCCAUCCAUCUCCCUUCCCCCCCGCCCCACAUCCAGUCCCACUGAGGGGCCUCGCCACACGGGGAAACACCACCACCACAGUGCCCCAGGGCCUGACUACCACCACCACCACCACCUGACUUACUCCUCAAACAGAAGGAGGAACCCGUCUGCACAGGGACACUUUAAAAGGACUGUUUUAGUCAUGAGCGAAUUUUGGUUGUGCUUCAACUGCUGUAUCGCAGAGCAGCCCCAGCCGAAGCGGCGGAGGCGCAUCGACCGGAGCAUGAUCGGGGAGCCCACCAACUUUGUGCACACAGCACACGUGGGGUCGGGGGACCUAUUCAGCGGGAUGAACUCGGUGAACUCGAUUCAGAACCAGAUGCAGUCUAAGGGGGGCUAUGGAGGGGAGGCCAUGCCUGCGAAUGUACAGAUGCAGCUGGUGGAUACUAAAGCAGGCUAGCAUGCAGGAAGAGCCCCCACCCCUGAGAUUGAGACGGUGUUUCCUCAUCCUGGAGUCUUGCCUUGCCUUGCCGUGCUCUUCACCUCCUCCUCCUGCCUCCUCCUCCUCCUCCUCAUAGCCUGGCCUUUAGUGACUGCUACCAAACACCAGCCGCCUCAUCUCCCGUCCCCCUGCACAACCCCCCACCACCCGCAGCACACACCCAGGACCCGUGGCACACUAAAGCACUUACCGGACGAAACGAAACGAAACAAAGGCCACCCAAGCGUGGGAGCUGUUUCUUCACAAGUACUACAGAGGGGGGCCUUCUGGCGAGGAGGAACCUAACAGGAGUGGCAUUCCUUCACUUUGACACUGUUUCGCUCCCCCCUUCUUCAAUCUUGCUAUCUCUUUCUCUAUCUUGUGCUAGCUCGCUCGCUCGCUCGCUCGCUCUGCGUUCUGUGUGUCCUUUGGGUGCUCGCAUGCCACCUUGUCCCCGCCAGUGCUAUAAGCGGUGUUACAGCCUCUCUUCUCUGUCUGUAAUGAUGAUGUUGCGGAUCGUGAGUGGUCAGCUACUGUUCUCUCUCCACAUUAUGUUUCGAUCAGGAGGUCAAGGAACCGAACAGUGCAAAUAAUUAAUUUUUUUCUGGUAUUUGUGCUUUUUUUCUUUUCUUUUUUAAUGUCAAUAUAUUUUGUUCUCCAUGAACACAGUGUUUCUUUUUUAUGUUUUUUUUUUAGUGGGCUGCCAGGACACUAUGAGUUAGUGAAGAUGAAAAAAUUACAUGAAAACAGGCUUGCUGCGGCUUUCCGGUGCCAAAAUGGCUGUUACUUCAAAAUUAUGCUUUUUUUUACAGAAACGGAGAACAAAAAAAAAUCACUAAUGACUUCUACUUCUGGACAAGAAGUGUGUUUUGACUCGAGCUAACGUGAAUGCUGUCAAUAGGAAAUGUGGAAAAUUUGUGUGUGUUUUUUUUUCUAUGUUUACAUUUAUUUUGCUGUCCAUUCCUUUACAUUUAAUUUUUUACCUGCUUCAGCAAAUAUGAUUGGAAAUAACAACUGUCCGGCACUAUACUUCACUCCAAAUCUCUGCUGUAAACAUCCUUCUCUGUAAACUUGACUGGACGACUCCAGAGCUGUAGUGUGUUUGCUGUACAUUGAAUGACAUGUAAAAACAAUUGUAUUGAAGUAUUAGUCCUCUGUACCUAUGUGUUGUCAUCACGUUCAAGGUAAAUGACGCAGCCAGUUUGGCUGUCAAACGCUGUAAACGUUUCUUUAACCAUCUCUGAGCCUGUUACAAAUUUGCUAAAAUCGGGUCACUGUGUUCCUUAAACUUACACAUUUUGUAUAAAGCCAGAAAUGAAACUUGUAAGUUACAGCAAAUGUCGUCAAUGGUCUUGAAUGAUCAGAGAUCACACACAGGUUAUGCCCUGUAAGUUCUUGAAAGUGUGUCUAACAAAUAAUUGAGGCCGUUGCUACGAAGUAGGAGCUUACAUGACUAGAAUAGGUGACAUGUUGCUCAGGUUCAACACCACGUCCUCUAAAGAUUUUGAACAGAGAACUCAAUUACUUCAUAUUGCACUGUUUUGUAAAAAUUAAAGUUUGAACAUAUCAAGAACAUAGUACUAUAACAGAUGGAUAUACUUCAAGAAAAGGCUUAUCUUCAGCAAUGUCAGUAGAGUAUUUUUGAACACCAUGUAAAAGAUGAUGUACAAUUUAACUCCUUAUGGUACUAUUAAGAUGGUAUUUCUGAAUAAAGACACAUUUUUAGAAAUGCAUUUUAAGUGAUCAAUAUAUAUAAACACAUAUUAUGUAACCAAACGGCAAUAUCUGGUAACCUAAUGUAAAGACUGAUCAGGCUUCUGUAAUUCAAUCAGAGUCCAAUAGUUAGUCAUGUUAUUGAUUGGGAGACGACCGCAGAUUAUUCCGUCAUGUCAGCGAUGAAUGCCCUGCCUAAUACUGUAUUUGUCUUUUUGGAAGUGCUUUAUGUCUGUAAAUACUGGAUUUCCUGUGUGCCACACCCUGAGGUAUUGUAAUUUAUUUUCCCCAGUUGUUUUUUGUUUCGUUUUUUUUUUCUUUCUAAUGGUUUCUUCAUUCUUUUUGUAUGGUUGUUUAUUUCGCAUCAAUUUGGAUUCCACACCCCACCCCCACCCCCGACCAGUAUGUACUAUAUGUCUUACUUAUUAUGUUGGAGUGACUGAUUCGGCUGUAUUUAUUUACUGACGCUAAGUACUGACUGGACUAAAAAAAAACACACAAGCAAACUACAACGAAGCUUUCUGUGGAUGGCUGAAAUGGCGUCCUCCAAUGUUUGUCUGAGGAGGAGGCGGAAAAGCACAAUCGAAACAAGAUGGUGGAAGAGACUGGUGUUAGUUGCAAUAUGACAGAAGGAUAUUAUUAUUAUGAAGAAGUAUAAGACUGACCAAAGGUUAACCAAAAAACUACAACAACAACAACAAUAAGAAUGCUACCCAUCUAUGUCUGUUCAAUCACUGCACGUCUUGAAUGAAUUUCAACUUCAGGGAAUUCACUCAGCUGGAAAACAAAGCUGUUGAUCAAUGGAGAUUUCUCUAUCCGUCAGUCUUUUUCCUCACUUCCAUCCCUUGUUAGAUGUGCAUCCAAAUGUCCGCUUAUAGAUUACAGAAUGUCCUCUGUUGAAAUAAAUAUUUUUUUCCAUG